AUGAUGCCGAGGAAUCCUGACGGUCGAUGGGCCAGACGGCGACAAGAAGGCGACGAGACUACAACUUCGCGAAGGCCACACACACGUCCAACGAGAUCAACGCGACAAGCACCCCAAAGAAUAGAGAUAAACUCAGAUGACGACGACGAAGUGCAAUUCCAAUCAAGCAGGCGCAUACGAGGAAUAGAGAAUGGGCUACUAGUGAACAGAUUACAACAGCCACCACCAGCUCCGCCAAUUCAGCCACCCGCACGACAGCUUCCCACUCGUGUAUUUUCGAUAGCUGACGGUCUACGAUUUCUUUCAGAUUCGAUGCCGUCCAGGAGUGGGUUAGAGGGUAUAGAUGCGCGUAUUCGACAGCGAUAUCAGCAGCUCGACAUUCCGCUGCAUACUAUAGGAUUUGGUGGGGUGUUUCACCCCCAAUUCGUCCAACAACCAAAAAAGCAUUACAGCGUGAAAGCAUCACAUCCAAAGAAAUGGCCUGGGUUUAGCAGCAACGCAGGUCCUAAUAUACGCCACAGAAAAUUGAUAGAUAGUGGAAAGUCAUCCCGACAGUUGGUUAUCAACGGAGAAGGCGAUAGAGCAUUAUAUGCAUUAAGGUGCGGCCAUUUAAUAGACGGCAGAACGUACAAGGAGCUUGUUGAAUCUAAUAUCCUCCCCAAGAAACGCAAGACGAGCAAAACCAAGUAUGUUUUUAGCUGCCCGGUGAAGAACUGCUCAGCGGAGCACUCACAAGAGCCAGGAUUAGACGCCUUGAGAUUAUGGACAUAG